AUGGGGAUAAUACAAUCCGUGAUCUGUUCAUUUACAUUUUGUAUGGAAAGAGUUCUAACAUGGACCUGCUGCGCGUUCCUCCUGAUGCUGCUGAUGUUCUGUAUAGUCAUGCUGAUGGUGUACGGCAUAUCAGUCGGCUAUCACUACGCACAGAAAGAACUCGCAUCGUUUGCUAUGUCGUCGAGACAGACGACGGAGCCCGCGUUGUUGCGAGCCGGCCCAGAGAACAGGCCGGUGGUGCGCCUACUCGCUGUCAACAGAUCCGAGGAAGAAAAUCCACCACAACCAAUACUUGAAGUUUACCAAACCAAGAAGCCUGGGGACCAAGAGCUUUUCAUUGAGAAGUCAGAAACACCAAUAGUGCUUCUAGAAACUGAAAGGCCUCCCAAGGAGCCGGAGUUAUCACCCAACGAGCGGGAACUGGCGCGCAGGCUCAUUGGUCGUUUCCGUCGUUCGCGCAACAACACAACACCUUUCCUCAAACCUUUGAAGCCGUUUAACAGCACAUACGUCAAAACAACGUCACUGACAACAUGA